AUGAAGAAAUGCUGUUUAUGCAACAAUACAGGUAGUUGUAGGAACUGUCGUUGUGUCAAAGUAGGGAAGCGAUGCAGCAACUGCAAUCCACUCAACCACAACCGUUGUGUAAAUUGGAAAGUGCGUGGGACUGAGAAAACAGAGCCUAGAGAAAGCUGUAAAAAUGAGCAUGUGAAACCAUUUCAUCUCAUUCCUGGAUCUGUCUCUGUGCAAACCAAAUCAACAGUGUCUACUACGUCUCAGGCAGAGAAUCCUCAUAAUUCAGCUGGUAAUAAGGCGCCUACUAUUAUGGAUUCUCCAAUUAACCGCAACUUGGACAAUCCACUCUCUUACGCUUCAGUUGCUGCCAGCUCAAGGCACGUCAAUGAUUCUGAAAUCUUGCACUUUGAUAGCUAUGAUUUGUCUCAACCAUCGUUUAUGCAUUCCACUCUACCACAGAAAAUGAAAUUAACAUCCAAUGACACUUCAAGCUUGCAUGAAACGACCAACCAUGAUCACUGCCCAACAACCUCCUCUGAUAUGUCAUCGAUGGGAGUAGAGUUGGGUCAAUUUCCAUGUUACAAUCCGGUCUCGCCUCCUAAUUUUACCUGGGGAUCACUUUCUGGUACUGAAUUCCAACUACAGGUGAAUCAUGCCUAUUCUGAAGUCGUUCACUGGAAGCAAAAUUUAUUUCGUGUUCCUUCUGGAACAGCUGGCAACAAGUUUGUUUCAGAGCUUACCAGACUAUUUCAAGCAUUUGCAGAUUCUUCCUCUCUUGAAAGCAUUGCCCUCACAGCUUCAAUGCUAAUGCCACAGCUUCUUCUUCAGCGACCAUACAAACACGCAAACAAAGAAGCAAUACAGUCUUGUUUGUCUCGACGUUUAAACGCUUGGUUUGAUGGCAACAUUUCUGAUCUUUUGAGAGAAGGAAACACCAUUCAGAAACAACUUACUAGCCAUACGCAGAGAUUCAAGCAUAUUGCAGGCCAUUCAGGUGCAGACACCGAAAAGGUAUCUGCGCUUAAGUUUGCCAAUCUAGUAAAAAACGGGAAUAUCAAAGCAGCUGAUCGUCUGAUAAACAAACAAGGAGCUUCGGGUGUCCUAUCACUCACUAAAAGUAUAUCAGACAAUGAUCCGACAACGGUUAGAGAUGUCCUAAAAGAGAAACAUCCACAGGCGUCUCCAUUACAUCAAGAGGCGUUAUUGGAUUCCGCUGACCAAAUCCCAGUCCCUCACUCUAUUCUGUUUGAUCAAUUAGAUGGCAGUCUCAUUAGAUCCAUGGCUCUGAAAUCAUCUGGGGCGGCAGGUCCUUCCGGAUUAGAUGCGAGUAACUGGAAACGUCUUUGCACCAGUUUCAAAAGUUACUCCAAUGAGUUGUGUACUGCCCUUGCAGCUGUUGCCAAACGUUUGUCAACAACGUUUGUGGAUCCAAAUGCUAUCACAGCUUUAGUAGCUUGCCGAUUGAUACCACUUGACAAAAAUCCUGGCAUUCGUCCAAUUGGAAUAUGUGAAGUGAUACGGCGAAUACUGGGAAAAGCUAUCCUCAAAAUCGUUCGAUCUAAUGUACUAGCUGUCACUGGAGCUUUGCAGCUUUGCGCGGGGCAGAGUUCAGGCUGUGAAGCAGCUGUACAUGCAAUGCAAUCCAUCUACCACGACUCUGACACAGAGGCAAUCUUGCUUGUGGACGCAACAAAUGCUUUCAAUUGUCUUAACAGACAGGUUGCCUUGAAGAACAUUUCAAUCAACUGUCCUUCUAUUUUUCCCAUCCUUGUCAACACUUACAGGAAACCUUCUUGUCUCUUUGUUGGCGGGGAAAUGCUCUGGUCUCAAGAAGGUACCACGCAAGGAGACCCCUUGGCGAUGGUAAUGUACGCCCUUGCUACCGUGCCUUUAAUUACUAAACUAAAACUUUCAGAAAAUCGACAGGUAUGGUAUGCUGAUGAUGCCGCUGCUGGAGGAAAAUUAGAAAAAGUGAGAGAUUGGUGGCACUUGCUGUGUGACAAAGGCCCCAAAUACGGUUACUUCCCAAAUGGAAAGAAAUCUUGGCUGAUCGUGAAACCUGAUGCAAUUGACAAAGCAAGGCAGCUCUUUAACAACACUUCCGUGAACAUCACUUCAGAAGGUCACAAAUACCUAGGUUCCGCUAUUGGUACAGAAACUUUCCGCAAAACUUUCCUACAGCAAAAGAUUAUUGAAUGGACAAACGAAAUCGCUGAUUUGGCUCGCAUAGCUCGCUCACAACCCCACGCCGCAUAUGCUGCAUUUACCCACGGCAUUGUGGGUCGCUGGACGUAUGCACUGAGAACCAACCGUGAUGAUGGCACACUUUUGUGUUCACUAGAAUCUGCCAUUCAAGAAAACCUUAUUCCUGCUCUUCUCAAUCGAGCACAACUCAAUCCAACUGAAAGACAACUUAUCGCUUUGCCAGCUCGAUUCGGUGGUCUAGGUAUUAUCAAUCCUGAGAAUUUAGCAUAUGAAUAUUCCCAUUCACAAACCAUCACGGCGCCUUUAGUCAAGAAGAUUCUUCAACAAGACUUUGCUCUUGAAGAUACCUCUCAUCUCCAAGAAAAACUCAAAUUAACCACGCGACAACACAAACAACAGCAACUGAUGUCAUCUGCUGCCACUGUUGAAAAUCAACUUCCUCAGCACUUAAAGCGAGCGAUUUUACUCUCAAAAGAAAAGGGAGCUUCCUCUUGGUUGACAGUCAUCCCGGUUGAAGAGCAUGGCUACUACUUGCACAAAUCGGCAUUUCGUGACUCCAUUUGCCUACGCUAUGGCUGGAAACCUGCAUACCUUCCUGACAAGUGCCCUUGUGGCGGCAGCUUCAACGUGGAUCAUGCAUUAACUUGCCCCACAGGCGGGUUUCCGUCAUUGAGACAUAACGAAAUACGUGACAUUGUUGGAGGUCUUCUUGGAAAAGUUUGUAAUGACGUUAAACUUGAACCGGUUUUGCAAUCCCUGAAUGGUGAAAGCUUUGUUGGACGAAGUACCACAACAGACAAUGAAGCUCGACUAGACAUACGAGCAAAUGGCUUUUGGGGCAAAACUUUUCAAACUACCUUUUUUGAUGUACGUAUUUUCAAUGCAAAUGCUCCAUCCUACAGGGACAUUGCUAUUAAUUCUUGUUAUAAACGCCAAGAACAAGAAAAGAAGAGAAAGUACGAGCACAGGAUACAACAAGUGGAACUUUCGUCUUUUACACCUAUUGUCUAUUCUUGCACUGGCGGUUGCAGUUCUCUUACCAAUACUUUUGUCAAGAGACUUGCUUCCUUGCUGGCAAAUAAAACAGGCACCACAUACAAUCUUACCAUCAACUGGUUACGUUGCCGAAUUGGGUUCGCUCUACUACGAUCUUCAAUCAUGUGCCUACGAGGUUCUCGAUCCAAGCCACCUUGUCAUGAACUUGGUCAAGACUUGAACAUUAGCUUGGCUACUGCUGAAAGCGGCAUGGUCAGUUAAAAGUUCUUCCAGAGUAGUACUUUCUGUUUUAAAUUAGUAUAGUAACUGCUACAUUAGUUAGAUAAUUGACAUAUGUACGUUGUACAAUUUGUUCAAAUACAACACGGUUCCAAGUAGUAGUAGUAGUAGUAGUAGUAGUACUAUGAUGUAGUAUAUUACUCAGCAAAAGCAUCCACCGGUCAUGCCCAUACUACAAAAGCCACUACAACGGCACUCAACACAACACUAUAUCAAUCCAUUCAAUUAAACAAACCCACUUAAGUCAACGUCACAAUCUACUUAGUGAGGCAAGCCUCACUGUUGAUUAAAUCCAUGUCAUGACAUUUUAGAGGCCUGUGCUUUAGUAGUAGUAGUGUAGUAGUAGUAGUGUGAGCUUGGUUUUGAAAACAGCUGUUUUUUUGCAAUGAACACCAAACAGAUUGAGAUGCCAGCCCAAUUGACCCAUGUCGUGCCAUUAGCAGAGCCUUAGCCCAGUAUCUAGGGAUUACCAUUGCAACAGAGCUUCGUGAUGCUAAAAGCCUCCACUCAAUCCUUGGAGUGUCCAUAUGAAACAGACAGGAAGAGGCACACCUUCAUCAGAAAGAUUGCCCACCUACAAAGAAUUUCCAACAUGAUGACCCAGAGAUGCCUUCGGCUAUUGGGUAAUAUCUUGCGCAGGGAUGAAAGUCGUCUACCGAUGAAGCUUUUGGUGAGUCAUCAUCCCAGGGUAGAUGUUUAGUCAGAGGCCAAAAAAUGAGAUGGAAUGAUUUAGUACUGAGGGAUUUGAGGAAUUGCAAACUUGAGAAGGAUUGGAGGAUACUAGCACAAUAUAGGAGGGAGUGGAGGAAUAAGAUCUGGGCUGCCACAAGAGAAGUAAAUUUCAAGAAGGAGCAUCAAGGGAAACUGCAAGGAUGAGCAGAAAUGUUACCACGAAGCAAGGCAAACGUGUGCUACACUGCAGUUUUGAUGGUUGUAGUUUCACUGCUGUAAACAAUGCCGGCCUUGUAAACCACCACAGGCAGAAGCAUGGUGAAUCCCUGACUAACCAAUGUCACUACUGAUGCCAAACAUGGCACCAACAAGGCCCCCCACAAAUAUGAAAAUUUCUGCCCCCGUCAGAGAACUUUCACCCCUCCAGCAUAGCCUAUGGUGACCUUGGCCUGCAUUGUUUCUCAUUGGAAUGAAUGCAGCAAAAUUCAAAAGAAAGUUUGUGUGUGAGUGUGUGUGUGUGUGUGUGUGAGAGAGAGAGAGAGGGAGAGGGAGAGGGAGAGAGGGAGAGGGAGAGAGGAGAGGCAAUUGUGUGUGGCAUCUGUAGCUCAGUUGGUUAGAGAGUUGCAUUUGGAGAAUGGAAACAUCCGGGACGUUUUGAGGUCUUAGGUUUGCGGACGAGUACAGACGUAAUUUCCUUGAGGAAGAAAUUCUCACACAAUUGCCUCUCUCGACUCAGGAUUAUAAAUGAGUACCUGGUCUUAGACUGGGGGGCAAAGGCCCUUGAAUGCAACAAAGUCUAUCAGCCACUAGUGUCCUGGUGGGACUUCGGGUGCCCACACCACAGUAUGCAUCACAGUCAGGGCUCCUGUGAGUAUCUGCCCAGGCUCCAGAAGAUUGCUUAGCAUGGCCUAUAACUGCUGCGUAGUGAACAGGAACCCAGCCAUCCGGCUGGGGCGUGACUGUCUAAGGGCAGCUCUCUAUCCGUUUUCCGUUUGCAU